GAGGCUAGUGUUGUACUAAGUGCAGUUCAUUGUUAAUCUGUGUUAAAGGGACAAAUCACAAAUCAUAUUUUUAAACGAAUAAUUAAAAGGAUUUGUACUGUAACAUGACUACAGUUAAUCUUACAAUAAUUAUUGUGAGGUGUAUAUUUAUUAUUUGUACAACUAAUAUGGGUGAGACAGUGAAUUAAAGAGUGAACCGAAAGUUGAAAAUGGCGCGUCUGACUGCACUAGUCCUCUGCCUAAUCGCAUCCGGCUUCUGCUACGGAUUCAAUGGCGACAGCUUCGAGCUCGAAUGUCCUGAUGAAUGUGACUGCCACUACUUCCGUAUCAAUUGGGUGACCGAUUGUUCUGAGAGCAACCUUACGGAGGUUCCUUAUGAUGAACUAAGUCUCAGUGUCUAUAUUCUGGACUUAAACGGGAACAAUAUAACGAGCCUCCAGCCUUUUCCGAGUGAUAUAAAGAUGAGGAGAUUACAAAUAGCGAAUAACAGACUGACAAAGGUGGAGAGAGACGCUUUUCGUGGGCUCGAUUACUUGAUUGACAUUGAUCUGUCCGGAAACAAUAUAAGUUACGUCGAUCCGGAAGCGUUAUCGGACUCACAUGGGCUACUUAAUGUGGAACUUCAAGAUAACCCACUCAGUGUCGUCGAAGGGCCAUUCCUCAUUUCCGGCACACUUCAGUUCUUGGACAUCAGCAACUGCAAUAUUUCUUUCGUAAACCAACAGUUCUUUAACAACAUCACUUCUUUGAAGACUCUGGACAUCUCAAACAAUCCCCUUGGGGCCCUGCUAGAAAAUGGAGUCUUUGACUCGUUAACCAGUCUCGAAACUUUAAAACUUAAUGAUUGCAAGCUAUCGACGCUUGCAGAAAAUCUCUUCUCUGCUUUAGUAAAUCUGAAAAAUUUAGAACUAGCUGGAAAUUAUUUAAUGAACACCAACUGGCCCGAAGUAUUAGGUACAUUAACUAGACUGGAAUAUCUUAAUUUGCGAAAGUCCGGUCUGGUGUCACUAUCGGAAGAUACAUUUUCGAAUUGCACCAAUCUCGUUUCACUCAUUUUAGCUGAAAACGAACUACGUGACUUGGAUGUCGCAGCAACGUUAGGCAGUAGCGUUAAUCAUUUGGAAUUACUAGAUCUAUCAAACUGUAAGAUACAAGGUCCAAUUGGCGGGGAUUCAUUUGCCAAUUCUUCUAGAUUAAAGAGUCUCUAUCUUUCGGGAAAUCCUUUAUUUGCACCAGAUUUACAAGAAGCAUUGGAACCACUUCCAAAACUGGAAAGGUUAUUCUUAAGUAAUUGCGGCCUUCGUAAUUUGCCAGACAGUUUUAACGUAUUCGAAACCCUUCUCGAAUUAGACAUUUCUCACAAUCCUUUAGUAAAUGUGUUUACAAAAUUACUCGCUCCUCUAGAAAAAAUAGAGUAUCUCAAUAUGGGCUAUAGUAAUCUAUCUUACAUCGGCCCACACACAUUUGCGCAUAUGACGUCACUGAAGAGAUUAGUUCUCUCAGGUAACGAUCUUCUCUCGUUAGAAGCUGGUCUUUUUGGAAACCUUACACAACUAACGACUUUAGAAUUAGAAUUAUGUGGCCUAAAGCGACCAUUAAAUGCGAAUGCGUUUUUCAAAAACCUGACGUAUACUGAUUUAAGAGAAAUAAGGCUCGGUGGCAAUCCACUCGUGAUUCCUUCUGCAGGUCCCUUAUUUCCAAAACAGUUAUCGCAAGUGACUGUGCUGGAUUUGAGCAACUGCAAUAUUACAUCGCUUAACCCAGACGCGUUCAAAAACACCGAAAACCUGACAGAACUCAAUUUGGCUGAGAAUCGACUUAAGUCCGGAGAUGGAACUUUAGCCUUCCUGGAGCUACUACAGCUUCUGGAAAAAAUUAAUUUGAGCAACAACAAUUUGACAACAAUAGAUCCUCAAUUCUUCGUCAAUAAUCCGAAACUGCACUCGAUAAAUUUGAUCGGCAAUCCGUUCGUUUGUGACUGCAAGAUUGCAGAAAUGUGGGACUGGGCGAACAUGAUAAAGGGCGAUCUAGACGUUCUCAUCGGAGCCAAGAGCGCUGAGAAAGACAUCGUUGUGAAGGGAAACAAGAAGAAAAAGAACCUUUACUGCCGUUACAAUGAGGCCCAGCUCCGUAACAUGACUCUCACUACCAACAAAAGUGUUCCGGGUCGAAGACCUUUUGUAAAGCCCCGAGAAUUGACUUACGCGAAUAGAACGUGGGCAAAAUACGUAAGAGAGUCAGGAUGUGAACCCGUUGUCAAAAUACUAAGACCAGUAGCUCUUAUCGCGGAUAUGUUCAAUAUACAAAAUGUGGAUUAUGCGCCUACAGCGGCGUUUAUGCUGGCUAUGAUCGCUUUAGCUUUCGGCAUAACCACAGUUAUAAUGACUUUCAGAUUGUUCCAAAAGAAAAAAAUAAUUUCAGAAAUCGAUACAGUAAAUAACAGAAAAGAGAGAUAGUCAAAUGUUAUAGCAAAUAGACCAUUAUAAUUUAUACUUAGUAUUUAGGAAAUACCUGCUUUUACGACAAUUCGGAUAAAGUACUUUCCGAAUGUCUGUAUUUAAAAGUCGAUUUUAUCAUUGUAAUGAAAUAGUAAUAUUUUUAUAGACA